AGCCGGUCAAAGCGCAGCGGCGGCGGCAGCUCCGGCUCUGGGAGCAGAACCAGGAGCGGGAGGGGGAGCUGGAGCUGGAGCUGUCGCUGUCCCGGGACGGCGGCGGAGGAGCUUCACUUCCCCUCCCCUGGCCGCAGGAUGGGUUGUGUGAAGUCGAAGGAAGCUGGUGUUCAAGAUAAGAUGACAAAAGCCGACCCUGGCUCCAGCUCCCAGCAGGGCCACUAUGUGAGGGACCCCACGGCUGCCAACACGAGGAACAAUAAUGUCCCCAAUGUGGCUGUGCCCUCACCUGAGGAUGGCUCAGGGGACAAGGUGGUGCUGGCACUCUACGACUACGAGGCAAUGCACGCUGGGGACCUGAGCUUCCAGAAAGGCGAGCGCCUCAAGGUGCUGGAGGAGUCAGGGGAAUGGUGGCAAGCGCGGUCGCUGGUGACGGGGUGUGAAGGCUUCAUCCCCAGCAACUACGUCGCUCGAGCUGAUUCGCUGGAGACAGAGGAAUGGUUUUUCAAAGGCAUCAGCCGGAAAGACACGGAACGACAGCUCCUUGGCCCUGGGAACGUGGUCGGGUCCUUUAUGAUACGGGACAGCGAGACAACAAAAGGCUGCUACUCCCUGUCGGUGCGGGACGGGGACGACGUGCAGGGCGGCACGGUGAAGCAUUACAAGAUCCGGAUGCUGGAUAGCGGCGGCUUCUACAUCUCCCCACGCAGCACCUUCAACACGCUGCAGGAGCUGGUUCAGCACUACAAGGAGCAGAGUGACGGGCUGUGCCAGCGGCUCACCUACCCCUGCCACGUGCCCAAACCACAGAAGCCCUGGGAGAAAGACGCCUGGGAGAUCCCUCGGGAGUCGCUGAGGCUGGAGAGGAAGCUGGGAGCCGGGCAGUUCGGAGAAGUGUGGAUGGCCACCUACAACAAGCACACGAAGGUAGCAGUGAAGACAAUGAAGCCAGGCAGCAUGUCUGUGGAUGCCUUCUUGGAAGAGGCAAAUCUGAUGAAGACACUGCAGCAUGACAAGCUGGUGAAGCUGCAUGCCGUCGUCACCAAGGAGGAGCCCAUCUACAUCGUCACUGAGUUCAUGGACAAAGGGAGUUUGCUGGAUUUCCUGAAGAGUGAUGAGGGGAACAAGCUGCCGUUCCCAAAGCUGAUCGACUUCUCUGCCCAGAUUGCAGAAGGAAUGGCUUUUAUUGAGAAGAGGAACUACAUCCACAGAGACCUGCGAGCUGCCAAUAUUCUGGUGUCAGCGUUACUGGUGUGCAAGGUCGCAGACUUCGGGCUGGCCAGAGUCAUUGAGGACAACGAGUACACGGCGCGGGAAGGUGCCAAGUUUCCCAUUAAAUGGACCGCGCCAGAAGCCAUCAAUUACGGAUCUUUCACUAUAAAAUCAGAUGUCUGGUCCUUUGGGAUCCUCCUGACCGAGAUCAUUACCUAUGGACGCACCCCAUACCCAGGGAUGUCGAAUGUGGAGGUGAUCAGGGCACUGGAGCGUGGGUACCGGAUGCCUCGCACCGAGAACUGUCCCGAGGAGCUCUACAACAUUAUGAUGAGAUGCUGGAAGACCAAACCGGAGGAUCGUCCCACUUUUGAGUACACACAAAGCGUUUUGGAGGAUUUCUUCACUGCCACAGAGAGCCAGUAUCAGCAACAGCCAUAACGCAGGUGGAGGCAGCGGGUGCCCCGCUCUCCCCGUCCUGCCCACGACCUACCUGCGCACACUGUCCCCGCCAGCCCGGCCCAGGAGCCAGAGCCCGGCUGCCGCGGUGGGGCUGGACGCGGGGCAGCAAGCACCACGCUCAGGGCAGCCCGCGGGGCUGCCGGAUGGGGGGAGCAGUGACACAGGGCCGUACCCUGUCCUGUCACACAUCCCCGAGUGCCUGCGAGCAGCUGCUCAGGGAGCUGCCGCCGGUGAGGAGCGACGGGGCUGAGCCUGUUUCAGCUACAAAGGAAAAAAAGUACUAUUUUUGUAAUCCUUCUGAGAUCUUACCGCGCUGUUAUGCAGAAGUAGGUGCUUUAGGUGCGAUGGGUGUGCUGUGCAGUGCCCGUGUCCCCCGGUUCCUGCGCGUGUCCCCGUCCCCGUGGGUUCGUGUGAUGCAGCACGUUGGCUCAUCCUCGACACGGGACCCUGGGGUGUGGAUGCCAAGUGUCGCAGAAACACGUUCCUCUCCUCACCCUCCUGGCUUUCCUCCCUCGGUGUUUUUGGCGGUGUCCCCUCUGUAGCGUGAGGCUGUGCCGGGAGGGUAUGGACAGACAGACAGACCGACAGAUGGACAGCGUGGGGCAGGGCAGCCCCAGCCCCUCUCUCCCGCGGUCUCCUGGCUGCUCUGCUCGCAGGUGACCUGUCACCUGCCCACUGUUUCCUGCACAUCACUCUGUGUUGUUCAUUUUUAGUGUUUAAUGGUAGGUUAUAUUUUGGGAAAUGGAAAAAGUAAUUUUUUUUUUAAUGAUUGUCCUGUAUGUCUCACAGCAGGCGGCUUCUAGGCCUGUGAGUCUGUUUUCCUCACAUAAAGAGCUUUUUCUGUGCUUUUAUACAAGCUUCGAAGCAUUUUUUUGUAAACAAUAAAGUAUGUAUAAACCUCGUA